AUGAUCUGGUGGAAGAUGGCUGUGCAGUCUCCCCGGGGCGACCUGUCGUACUGCCGGAGGUUUCAUCAGACGUACAUUGGCUCCCAUGAGCCCCGGCACCUGCGAGAGGACUUCUGCGGCACUGCCCUCCUGGCCGCCACCUGGUGCCGCGGCGGCGUCUUUCGCUCAGCCGUAGGCCUCGACCUGGACCGGCCCACCCUGGACUGGGGCGCUCGGCACAACGGCGAGAUGCUGGGCGGGUCUGCGCAGCACCAGCUCGCACUGCUGGAGGGCAAUGUGCUGGACCCGGCAGACUCGGCGCUCCUGGUGCCCUUUCCCGAGGCCGGGCCGGAGGCCAGCGCCUCGCAGAGCAGCGCCUCUGACGAGACCCACCUCCUGCGCUACCUGCGCCACGUGGCAGCGGCCCUGGACCAGGCGCGUGGCGGCAUCUUCGUGGCCGACCUGUUGGGAGGGCCGGCCGCGGAGCGCGACCUGACGCUGCCCCGACACAACUCCACCACGGGUCUGGGGUACACCUGGGUGCAGAGCGGGUUUGAUCCCGUGACUCGGCGCAUGACGGGCACCAUCCGUCUGCGGGAGAUGGACGGGCGGGAGGCGCGGCGGUACAACUUCCACUACGACUGGCGCAUGUGGACGGUGCCGGACGUCCGCGAGCUCCUGCGCCAGGCGGGGUUCAGCACCACCUACGAUGCGUCUGCCGGGGACGGUGGGCGCACGUCUGAUACCUCGGGCAGCCAGGAGGCCUCGGGCAGCGACUCCGAGGAGUCAGAGGGCGAGGCUGACUUUCAGCCACAUGAGGAUCUAGACCCUGAGGCACGGCAGCGGCUGCAGCGCGGAUGGUCGGCCUACAUCGUGGCAGUCUUGGCGCCGCAGCCUGGCUGA